UUUUUUUUUUUUCUGUUUCGUUAUACAUUAUGGUCUGUAAGAAAUGUGAAAAGAAACUAACUACACUUGCUACACCAGACAAGUGGAAAGAUGGAGCCAAGAAUGUAGUGCCUGGAUCUUCAGGUAGAAAACUGAAUCAAAACAAGUUACUGUCUCGAUCAGCUAAGAUAAGAUUCGAUCCACUUCAAGCAAAUAAAUGUCGUAUCUGUAAAAACAAACUUCAUCAAGACAAAGCUCAUUAUUGUCAAGAAUGUGCUUAUAAAAAGGGUAUUUGUUCCAUGUGUGGUAAGCAAGUACUGGAUACGACAGCAUACAAGCAAACUUCAAAGUAGUUUUACUGAAUAAACAAAUUUUUUAUAUAAUAAUAACAAUAAUAAUAAAGAACCAUGAAAAGUGUGUAUAGUAGCUUAAUCUAUUCUAUAUAAGCAUAAGUUAUAUCUUUU